UCCCUCCCUCCCUCCCUGUGGAGAUGGUGGUCCUGCGGGCUGGGCUCUGCCCUGGCCUCACUGAAGACAUGAUCCAGCUUCUCAGGGACAGUGGCAUCAAGACGGUGGUGGACUUUGUGUCGUCAGACCUGGAGGAUGUUGCCCAAAAGUGUUCCCUGUCUUACAAGGCGCUGGUUGCAGUCAGACGUGUGCUCCUGGCCCAGUUCUCUGCCUUCCCUGCCAACGGAGCUGACCUCUACGAGGAGCUCAAGAGCUCCACUGCCAUCCUGCCCACUGGCAGCCCAAGCCUGGACCAGCUGCUGGACUCAGGGCUGUACACGGGGGAGGUGAUGGAGCUCAUGGGAGCACCAGGCACUGGGAAAACACAGGUGUGCCUGGGCAUUGCAGCCAGUGUGUCCCUGGGGCUCAAGCAGCACGUCCUGUUUCUCGACUCCACGGGAGGUUUCACUGCCUCACGUCUGUACCAGAUGCUCCAAGCCCGGACAGAGGAUGAGGAAGAGCAGCUGGAGGCUCUGCAGAGGGUGCAGGUACAACGUGUGUUCAACAUCUACGAGGUGCUGAGAGCCUUGCAGGAGCUGAGGGAUCGCCUCUCCCAGCAGGUGCUGAGCUCCACGGGACCUCUCAAGGUGGUGGUGCUGGACUCGGUGUCAGCUGUGAUUUCCCCUCUGCUGGGUGGCAGGCAGUCAGAGGGUCUGGCCCUCAUGAUGCAGCUCUCCAGGGAGCUGAAGACCCUGGCCAGGGAGUUCAGCCUUGCUGUUGUGGUGACCAACCAGGUGACAAGGGACAGCAGCAGUGGCCCACUGAAGCCAGCCCUUGGCCGCUCCUGGAGUUUUGUGCCCAGCACCCGCGUGCUGCUGGAGAGCAAAGGAGGCCCCUGGGAGAGAUCCAGCACUCAACGGGCAGCUUCCCUGGCAAAGUCACCCCGGCAGCCAACAGGGAUCCAGGUGGAGCUGGACAUUGGGAAUGGUGACGUGUUGGAACCGAGCCUGGUGACACCCACACAGGGGCUCUGAUGGGCUGGAGCAGCAAAUGCCACAAGGUUCAAGAGAGCUGCACCAAAGCAGGCAAGCACUGAAGGUUUUACAAGCUGGCUGAGAGUCCUGCAAGCCUGGGAAGGACCAACAAGAAAAAUCUCUUGUUCUUCUGCCCCGUGGAAAAACUGAAUGUGGGGUUCCCUGGAGACCUCUGUGCCUGCAGUGGCUGGGCUGGGAGGGCAGCAGGACAGGUCCUGUCCUUGCUGCAGGCUUCUCUUCACCCCCAGAGUGCUCAGGUGGUGUUUGGGAUCAGCUGCCUUGUCCCUGCACAACCCCACAGCUCCCUGUCCUGGUUCUGCUCCCUGCCCUCUGGAGUUCUGAUCAGCCUUGGGCCCACAGUGGGCUUGGUUCAGAAAUAAAAGGAAAAUACAAAGCUGUUGCACAUUGCUGUGGUUGUUGAGAGCUGGAAUUCAGUUAAUGACAGCUGCUCUGAACUUAAUUAAAAUGUUGAGCAGGCCUGGGCUGCUGAUGAGCAGGGAUUUAAUGAGAUGCUUGAUCUUCCCUUCUCCCCAGAGGAACACCAGGCCCUGUGGGGACCUGCUGGUGUUUUUGGGGCACAG